AUGGCCCUCAUCCCGCGCUGCCUCCCGUUCGCCAGCUCGACUACGCCACUUCAAGCUGUGACGUACCUCCUCGGCAUAUCCCUCUUCUCGAUCUCCUUCCUGGUGUUCCUCAACAGUAGCGUUUCCUUCGUGAUUACAGACCUCAUAGGCGUCAAAGAUGGCGUCGGUGAUAUUGUUGGUACCCUUGGUUUCGUUGACGAGAUUGUCGCCCUCGUCGCCUGCCCAAUUUGGGGUCUCGUUUCCGACCGCCUCGGCGUGAGAUGGGUCGCUGUCAUCGGCUACACGGUCAUCGGCCUCUCGCUUUUCCUGUUUGUGCAGGCGGGCAAUGUCUAUCCUCAGCUUCUACUGGCGCGCAUCUUCUUUGCUGUCGGUGCUACUGCUGCGGCGACCAUGGUCACGGCCAUCCUACCUUCUCUGACAGGCGAGAGCGGUGACGCAGAUGAUGGAUCGACGACAUCACUUUUCAAGCCGACGCAGAACGCUAGGCACAGCAUAGCCAUGUCACUCGAGUCGGACAUCACCAUUACACCGGAGCGGUACAGGGGGAUCGAGCCGACAGAGGAGGAAACCGCAGUCUCAAACCAGGAGAGGAGCAGCAUCUCCACACUUGAGAAGCCCUCGGCGCUGGCAGGGUUCGUUGGAUUAUUCACCGGAUGCGGGGCGCUGGUUGCCCUGUCCGUGUUCCUUCCUCUGCCCGCUCGCUUUGGCGAUAUCGACGGUGUGACACCUGCCGAGGCCAUCACAGACAGCUUCUACGUGGUGGGCAUUGUCUCCUUUUUUGUCGCCAUAUUCGUCUUCAUUGGCCUCCGCGAUCUUCAAGGCGAAGACGGCAAGGGUUGGAGAGUGUUGCUUGGGCUUCGAAACAGGGACGGAGAGCCGACCGAACAAGAAAGCCACGAGAAGCAGGUCUUGCCCUAUCUCCGCCUCCUCCGAGAUUCCAUUUCACUCGGCUUCAGCGACUCCCAGAUCGCCUUAGGCUACCUCGGCGGCUUCGUAGCCAGAGCCUCGACUGUAGCCAUCUCUCUCUUCAUUCCUCUAUUCGUGAACACGUUCUUCAUCAGCAACGGUUUCUGCCAAGGGUCGCCGCAUGACCCUUCGCCGGAAUUGAAGAAGGAAUGCCGAUCCGCAUACAUCUUGGCAUCUAUCCUUACAGGUGUCGCUCAGCUUUGCGGCCUCAUCUGCGCACCUAUAUUCGGAUACCUCUCCAGGCGGCCGGGAGCCGUUAAUUGGCCUAUCAUCGUGGCCACUGUCUUUGGUAUCGUGGGCUACAUCGCUCUUCCCCAGCUCUCGAGCCCUGAAUACAAGAAUGUCGAUGGCCGCGGUGGCAGCCCUGCCAUUUUCUUCAUCGCGGCUCUCCUGGGUAUCAGCCAGAUUGGUGCCAUCGUCUGCAGUCUCGGCUCCCUCGGCCGCGGCGUGUUGACUGCUGACCUGCCGAAGACGCAGGUUGUUGCCACAGUGGAGGAGUCGACAGAGGCCCUUGAAGCCGAGGGCGAGCAUGCGCCGCUGCUAGCACACGAGGCAAGCGUCGACGUCGUUUCUCGCGUGCGGCUCAAGGGGUCGAUUGCCGGCGUGUACUCUUGGUGCGGCGGCAUUGCGAUCCUUCUCCUGACAAAGUUGGGUGGAUACUUAUUUGAUUCGUCGUCUGUCGGGGCGCCCUUCUACAUGAUGGCGGUAUUCAAUGGAUUGCUUCUCGCUGUCAGCCUAGGUAUAGACAUGGCGCGCGUGUUCAACACCAACCAGAAAUAA